AUGGAUCCUCCUUGCAGGUGCGAACUCAGUAUUUGGGAAGAAACAAGCGAUUCAAUUCCAGAAGAUGAUGACCUAAUUCGAAACGACAAUAACCUCUACAUCAACAUGAGAACACGCUUUGUCGUUCUUGACCUUGAACAUCCCCAACCCCUUACCUAUCUCGCCGACACAUUCCGCCAAAAGCUCUUUCACAGUCCCUCCUAUCUUCCCUCCGGUGAGCCUCCUUCCCAGCGCAGCCAGCAGAAAACCAUCGACAGAAUCGUUCGUUUCGCCAGAAGUUUAAUUAAUCAGAACGCCGAUAAUAACAGCAACAAUGUGAUUACUAUUGGAGUUAAAUAUGGAGCUACCAAUGAAGAGGAGGAAGAGGACGACGAUGACGAUGAUGAUCAAUUGAAAAAAUUACUAUCCAACUGCAGUUGA